AGCUGGAGAAGAGGAGCUGCUGAGCUCAGGUCGGUUUGGAACGCGUCUCUCCGCAGAGAAAAUGGCUCUGGUGGGGAUCCAGCUCGUGGUCAGCUUGCUGGCUGCCAGCAUCAUGCAGAAGAUGGCUCCACACUGCUCUUUUGCACGUUGGCUCCUCUGCAACGGCAGUUUGUUCCGGUUCAAACACCCUUCAGAGGGACUGCUGUGCGCGCUGGCCGGAAAGCAGAUGCCCAAACCGAACAAGAGAGACAGACGGCAGAAUGGAGAAAGCAAGCCUCUCACUGUGCCCAAAGACAUUGACCUUCACCUGGAAAAAGCUCCAGUAAACGUCAUUGAUGCUCUUGUGCUGCGCUUCUUCCUGGAAUAUCAGUGGCUGGUAGAUUUUGCCGUCUAUGCGAUGGGGGUCUUCCUGUUCACCGAGUGUUAUUACAAUGUGGUGGAUGCCAGCAAAGAGGUCAAUGUUGGAGCCCUCUGGUGUGUCCUGACUGUUGUCUUCAGUGUAAAGACCCUUCACACUAUGAUGAGUCACUAUUUCCGCUCUGAAGAAGGCGGCGAGCGAUCAGUGUGCCUGGCCUUUGGGUUUCUGUCUCUGCUCGUGGCCAUGCUGGUGCUGGUGGUCAGAGAGGAUUACCUGGAGUUCGGCCUGGAGUCGGGCUUUUCCAACCUCUUUGACAACUUGGAAGUCUUCGCCAAACAGCAGGGCUACGCUGACUGGUCGAUCCCAGUGACGAAGCUGACGGUGAAGCUGGGUCUCGCCGCUGUCUGUGCUUACAUCGGUGCCCUGCUGGCUUUCCCCGGACUGCGAAUGGCUCAGACUCAUCUGGACGCUGUACAGUUGAACUCCGGCCGACCAUUCAUCCAGAUUCUACUGCAGAUAAGUUUCCUGUCUCCUGUCAUCGUGUUGAUUCUGUGGGUGAAACCCAUUGCAAGAGACUUUCUGGCCAACGCACCCAUGGGGAAGACCUCUAUCACAAUAGUUCCCAGUGAACUGUUCGACAGCGUGCGUCUGUGGAUCAUCGUGGGGCUGUGUGUGCUGCGCUUAGCACUGACUCGCUACCACCUGCAGGCCUACCUCAACCUGGCUCAGAAGUGGGUGGAGCAGAUGAAGAAGGAAGCGGGGCGCAUCGCUGCCAUUGACAUUCAGAAGAAGGUUACACGUGUGUUUUGCUAUCUGACUGUCAUCACUCUCCAGUAUCUGGUUCCUAUUUUUCUCAUCCUGUUUUCAGCACUGUCACUCAAGGCACUAGGGGACUUCUCUUGGGGAGCGGGUGCAGAAGACACCCCCGGGGUCACACCGGCUCUGCUGAUACCCACAGCGGCACCUGUGCUCCCUGGCAGUCUUGAUGAAGAUGAUGAUGGGGUAGAUGACAUGGAUGAAGACGUCCAGGCCACAGUAGCUCACCUGUCGGCGUCCUUCACAGCGCUGCGGUCUGUCCUCACUCCACUUUUCUUCCGAGGCUUCUUCGCCUUCCUCACCUGGUGGGUGGCGGCCUGUCAGGUCAUCAGCUCUCUGUUUGGCAUCUACUUCCACCAGUACCUCAUGCAGAGCUAAGCCAGCAGGUCAGAGCGCCAUGCUGCUGUAUCUGCAAUGCAACCAUAGCCCUCAGCUAUGUUGUACUGUUGCAUUGUAUUGAUGCUGCAGAGGUUGGACAUUUCAUUAAAACACACAACUAGAGACAGAAUGCUCCAGGUUUUUGGAUGAAAGAAGAACUGAUCAAGGUUUGUUGAGGGAAAAAAGACGGGAGUGGGCACUGUCUGCCGCAAAUGACUUUCAAUAUCCAGCAUAGUACUGGUAUCAAUAACACCAAUAUACAGACAGAACUGGAGCCUGUAUCAGGAAGCAGGUUAACUUAGUCUGGCUUUCUUUUGGUUUCCUUGCUUGACUCUGUCUGAACAAAAGUGUCACGGAGCUGGAUAACAACUGGCUCACUUCCCUGAGUUGACUGAUCCACCAUGAGCAUGUUCAUACAAUUUACAGCUGUGGGAAAACAAGACUAUUGCAGUAGAACUACAUAAUGCUCAGUGAAGUGAAAUAUAAACAGCAAAAAUCUGAGAAUACUUGUGGCUGAUUUAGAAAACUCUCCAACUAUUCCACUGGACUGUAGAAAACUAGAGUCCUCUGGAAUCCCACCAGCAGGUGAUGUCUGGCAAGAUGUUGACACUCUGACCCAUGCGCACUCAGCAGUCAUUAUUAUAUUAUUACAUGAGUACUUAGUACUUGACCUUCAUUUCAUUAUCAACUAAACGUGUGUAAUGCUUUGUCCACACACACUAUUUUCUGAACCACACUACAUACACACAAGACAAUACCAGCCACGCCACAUUUUAGCUCCUGAGAUCUCCCAGUUUUCCCAGUGGCAGCAUAGGUUGUCAUGGAGAUCCAUUCCAGUUAAAAGAUAUCAAGAAAUUUGGAGUAAAAGUAAUAGUUCACAGAAAAAUGUAUCUCAUUCAUUAUCUUCUCACCACUUUGUCGAUGGAGCGAAGGUUGAAGUGUUUGAGUCCACAAAACACUUAAGAGUGUAAGAGGUUAACUUUGUUUCAGCAGAAUCCAGCACAAUAGAAGUCAAUGGUGAGUCCUUCUUCAGCCAUAUUAAAAACAGAAAAUACAAAACGUGUUGCCUCCUUACUGCUUGUGUGGUGUCAUCCAAGUGUCAGAAGCUCCGACGUUCAUAUUCGACGAGGCCAUUAAAAUCAUGUUUUAAGCAUUAAAGUCCCAGGAAGUGGCUAAGCUAGCAGCCAGAGCAACACGAUGGUGCAUCCGAGGGUCCGUGAUUGCACUUCGUAGGAAGAUAUCGACACGGGCGGAAUGUUGUGUUUUUUCUGUUUUGUUAAGUCUGAAGAAAGACUCACCAUUGUCUUCAAUUGUAUUGUAUCUGCUGCAACAAAGUUUAGCCCUGAGACUCCAGAAGUGUUUUGUGGACUCAAACACUUCACCCACCCCUCCAUCAGAAUAGUGGUGAUUAGAUAAAGAGUGAAUUUUCAUUUUUCUGUGAACUAUCCAUUUAAACCCUAAAACAGCCGACUAUCCCUCUUAUCUUACCUUGUGAUCAUCUUCCACUUCCUUCAAUAAAACAUUUUCUGCAAUUUAUCAGACAUAUCCAUGCCAGUGUUCCCCACAUUGUUCUUACGAGAACAUUAAAUGCUGCAUUUUAGAUAUUUAAUAUUACCAGGUCGAGCGUUAGUGUUUGUCCCAGUGUAGAGAAGACACUUUAUUUUUAUUUUAUCUUAAAGGGAUGCUUUGUCUCCUUUUAAGGAACCGAUUCAAGAGUGCUGAAUGUUCUUUUUUUUUAAUUAUCUUUUUCUGCUUUUACUGUUUUAGCUGUGACGAAGUAGUUAAUCUCAGAUCCAGCCUAUUGAAUUAAACACCGCUGAACAUGCGUCAGUGAAAACUGAACUUGAACGGUUGCUUUUCUAUAACAAGUCUCCUUUUGAUAUCCUAAGUGCCUGGGAGUUGAGGGAUUUUGAGUCGUCUUCGAAAAUCUCCUUCCUCCAUGUUGAUAUAUAUGGGAAUGAAUACAAUCCUUUGAUGGAUGAAAUUUAACACUCCAGACCCAUUUGUUUUAAUUCUCAUUUUUUAAACAAUGUUCACUGGCAAAAUUUGUAGUUGCAGUGACUUCAUUAGCUGAAUUUACUUUGAGUUUGUAUUGCCAAUCAGUCGUGUACAUGUAGCAUUCAAUCUAAGUUAGUUUGCAUUAAUGUGUUGUAUUUAUUUAUUUAUGAUACAUUAACUUCUGUUGUUUAGAAAAGAUACAGAUGUUUGAACUCUUUUGUUUGUGGCACGUUUUUGGUUUUGUGUGUUUUUGUUGUAGGUAGCAUAUUUGAAUUGAGCGCUCUGAAAUCAUCAUACUGUGAAGGUCAAAGGAAAAAGUUGCUUCUUUUUUUUAAAUAUUUUUCUGAAUGCAUGGUGUGCAAACGUGUGGCUGUAACCUGAACAAUUUAAGUUGUUUGUAUGGCUUAAUAAAAAAA